AUGUCUGCAUGCCCUAGACUGAGGCCUGAUCUCCAACAAAAAGAAGCUUCUUCCACCCAAGAAGCUUCAAACUAUCUCUAUCUCCGCGUUUUAGAAUGCGAGAACGCCUGCCCCUUCCAAUUCGACUCCACUUUAGCUACCGACAACGCUUCCGACAUAGAAUCUCUCACCCGUCAUGAUUUGGUGUAUAUAUGUCCUUGUGUCGCAACAACAGAAUGUGGACAAGUAGGUCUAAGCUACCACCAAAGUCAUCUCCGUCACUCAAGCCAGAAAAUCCUCACAAUUAUCCAAAUCGCCAGAGUCAAAAAUCAAGAUCUGUUAUGUGAUGUUCUUCGCAGGUGUGAGCCCGAAGUAGAUAUACUUGGUUCGACCAGCUGGUAUUCACGGGCUUUAGAUGCACUUAUUUGGGAGAAUAGAACUGGGAAGAUUCUCGAUAUCUACGGGGAGUCCAGUUUUGAUACAUUAGACGACGCGACGGAAAUAUUUACACGUGCUAGUAUCGUGCAAGGAAACGUCUUGCAGGGGUUUGGAAAUGAGCUUGCAGAUGGUGUGAAAAUUCCGGUGUUUGAUAUGGCGAAAGAUAUUCAGAGCUGA